CAGUCCGGCUUGACGGCUCUCUGCUUAGCGCCUCCCGCGAGUGUUGGUUGAUUCGUCCAUCCUCGCAGCUUUUUCUUCUUUCCUCAGAUUGAGGAAAGACGCAAGGAAAGGAGAUAAGGAAAAUAAAAGAAGAUGAACGUUAUGAAAGUUGAGGUCCACCCAAACUUUGUUCUCAAAGAAGAAACAAGAUGUCUGCGACCUAAAGGAAACUUUAACUAGCUAAUGCGCGAUUUCCACAUUUGAUGUCAAAUCAAUUUUGGAAUUUCCCUGAUUAUUUAAUAGCCUAAAUAAUUAAACUUUAUACGAAUAAGAUUUUUUUCCACUUUAGCACAGAAGACCAAAGAUGUCUGGUUCGGCUUUAAUCUAUGAUAAAGAAAUGACCCGGUACAAACUUCUCUGGACUGACCCGGUUUGUGAGAUCGAGACACCUGAGCGGCUGAUGGUUAGUUACGAAGCCUUAAAAAGCAAAGGGUUGGAGCAACGCUGUGAGUCCUUUCCCAUCCGUGAAGCAACCGAGGAAGAAAUUCUUCUAGCUCAUAGCAAAGAGUACCUUGAAGCAGUCAAACAGACCCCUCACUUGAGCUUGGAGGAGCUGAGGACCUUCACCCAGCAGUAUAGCGAUGUCUAUUUCCAUCCUAAUAUUUACCAUUGCGCUAAGAUGGCUGUUGGGGCCACAAUCCAGCUAGUCGAUAAUGUGAUGACAGGGAAAGUGAGGAAUGGAAUGGCUCUUGUAAGGCCCCCUGGCCAUCACAGCCAGCGGAACGCAGCAAAUGGUUUCUGUGUGUUCAACAAUGUGGCCAUUGCUGCUGUCCAUGCCAAGAAUCACUACAACCUCAGCAGGAUAUUGAUUGUGGAUUGGGAUAUUCACCAUGGACAAGGGGUGCAGUACUGCUUUGAAGAGGAUCCAAGUGUGCUCUAUUUCUCAUGGCAUCGUUAUGAGCACCGGAGUUUCUGGCCCUACCUUGCUGAGUCUGACUUUGAUGGAGUGGGUAAGGGAAAAGGAGCUGGCUUCAACAUCAACCUGCCAUGGAACAAGGUGGGAAUGACCAACAGCGACUACCUCUAUGCCUUUUUCCAAGUCCUUUUACCUGUGGCCUAUGAGUUUGAUCCUGAGCUGGUGCUGAUCUGUGCAGGUUUUGAUUCUGCCAUAGGAGACCCAGAGGGUCACAUGUGUGCUUCUCCAGAGAUUUUUGGACACCUUACACAUCUGCUGAUGUCUCUAGCCAAGGGCAGACUGUGUGUCGUCCUAGAGGGUGGGUACAACAUGUCUUCUCUUGCUCAGUCAGUUUGCCAAACAGUGCAGACUCUGCUUGGAGAUCCCACACCUGUAUUGGCCAGUGUUGGAUCCCCUUGUCACAGUGCUCUGGAGUCUGUUCAGAAUGUUCGAGCUGUUCACCAGAACUACUGGAACUGUUUCAAACACAUAGUGUCGGAGCCCAUAACCAAGUGUUGCAGAAUGGAGGACAGAGAUGGAGAUGAGAACAAUGAGACAAAGGACCAAACUGAGGAUAUAGUGUGGCCUGAACCUUUACUGAGACCUGCACCUCCUGUGCGCAUGGCUGCAGUGGUUUCUACAGAACUGAAGGACUGUUUGCCAGAGGGUUGUCAGCAGCUGGGUGAAAUAUCACAAAUGUAUAUUGAGGAGGCAAAGAAAAUAAGGAAUAAUCAUGCACAAGGGAUGACAGAUGAGAAGUCAUUACAGUGUCUCCAGAAUGUUGUUUCAGUUUUGGAGAAGAUCAAGAACAAAGAGGUGCGUAAUGGCUUGGUGUUGGUUCCUGAUGUGUUUGUGUUUGUGAGCUGUGCUGUGCAGCAUACCUUAAGCUCCUACUGUGAUCGGGUUCUGGUGGUGUAUGUGGGGGAUGACACUGUUCCUCUAGAUACUCAAGAUGGAAGAGUGCUUUUGGUGCAGAUCUGCAGUAAGGAGCCUGAAGGGGAAAAGUCUCACUACCAUGUGCCUUUGUGUCUGAGCAAGGGUCUGCAUGACAGGGCAAGUGUCAUGCAGGCUGUGCUGUGUCUGCUUCUGCCCAUGGCAUAUGAGUUUGACCCAGGCCUAGUGGUCCAGGUGCUGGGAAAGUGCAACAGCAAGCAGGAGGUGCCCAUCUGGGCGCAGCUCACCAGCCUGCUGCAGGGGCUGGCACAGGGCAAGACACUUGCCCUCCUCCAGCGAGGCUGUGAUCCGGAGAUGGUGAAUGCUACAGGGGCAUCUCUGUCUGGCUCCCCUGGCCCUUCUCUUGGGCCCCUGGGCACCCCUUUGGCUGAGAAUAUGGAGGCUUUAGAGGCACAGAGACAGAGACUGAAGAGCCAAUGGGGUCUCCUGCUAAAAACAGGUGUUUCCUCCAUUUUCAAUGAUUUUGCUAAACCUUGAGAGCAGUAACAGUUAAUCAUGGGUUAGCCAUGAGUCAUGUUUGAGAAAUUGAGUGUAUACCCAAAAGGGUGUGUGUGUGUGGGUGUGGGUGUGGGUGUGUGUGCGUGCGCAUGCAUGCAUGCAUGCAUGCAUGUGCUUUUAAUUUCAGAAAGCAGAACACAGUGUCAGGACAAAUGAACUCUCUGCCACACGCUUGUGUGAAUUCCAGAAUACUCUACUUUUAUAUGUUCUUCUUUUCUAAAGUGACUACAUGAUUACUUUUUUUAGAUGUUUUUAGUAUUUGUAUUUUGGUGCAUGUGUAAACUGGCUUUAAAGAUGAUUCAAGUUGUGUGUAUUUUUAUUAUAACUCAUGAUGACCCUGAUGAUGAACCUCACCCAUUAUUGCCACAUGAAAAUUGUGAAAUACUGACUUAGUGUAAUCCUGAUUUGGGCUUAAUAAGGAACAUGGACAUAGUGAACGUUUUCAUUGCAUUUUAUGGUGUAAUUUACUAUGUUUAAUAAAAUGUUUUACUCUUUUCACUGAAAUAGCUGUUCGUUAAUUUUUUUUUGUACUGGGACAAAAGAUUUUUCCAUUAUAGCAGUAAUGUCUUU